AUGCUCCCUGAACUUCUUUCCCACACUACCCCCAAUGUAUAUGCAAGGUACAAGUACACCGAUGAGGCCAACGCAUGGACCGGCAUCCCCGAGUUCAACCUCCUCGCACGCAACGUCACCGUUCCUGGUCUCUCCCGGCGCUAUCCCGCCAUCCACUGCACGGCCUCGGCCGACAUCUGCCAGCUCGUCACAGACGAGGGCGAGAUCAACGCGGCGCUAUCCACGUUCGCUCUCAUCCACUCCCCUCUCUUCAACCUCACCCAGUCCCAUUUCCUUCUCGCGAAUGACGGGGGCAUCACCUUAAAGCAGGGCACGCUCGGUUCCGUCGGUUUCGCACGUUUUUCGGUGCAAGUCGGGCUGCAGUACGAGAUCGAUGAGCGCGAGAUCUCAGACGGAUUCCCUACCGGGUACGUGCCCCAGGGGACGACCGCACCGGGCCAGUGGCCGCUGUACAUGUACGGCACGGAGGCCUUCGAGCUGAGCGACGCCCUUCGCCAGCGCGCAAAGCCAACUUGA